GCCUUGCGCAAGCAGAACUGGGCGCAGGCACUACAGGCAACCGUGGGGGCGAGGACGCCUAGAGGUGACAGGUGUGGACGCAGAGCCGGGGCGAACCCGUCGCUGCUCCCGCCCCUGCACGAGGGGCAGUGGUCCUGCUUCUGGGAGGGCUGUUGAACUUCGCCGCGAUGCCCGGCCCUUGGUUGCUGCUCGCCCUGGCUUUGACCCUGAACCUGACCGGUGUCCCCGGCGGCCGUGCUCAGCCAGAGGCGGCCCAGCAGGAGGCAGUGACGGCCGUGGAGCAUCCGGGCCUGGAUGACUUCCUGCGCCAGGUGGAGCGCCUCCUCUUCCUCCGGGAAAACAUCCAGCGGCUGCAAGGGGACCAGGGUGAGCACUCCGCAUCCCAGAUCUUUCAAUCUGACUGGCUCUCCAAACGUCAGCAUCCAGGCAAAAGAGAGGAGGAGGAGGAAGAGGGAGUAGAGGAAGAGGAAGAAGGGGGGGCUGGGGGACCCCACAAACGGCAGCACCCUGGCCGACGAGAAGAUGAGGCUUCAUGGUCAGUCGAUGUAACCCAGCACAAGCGGCAGCAUCCUGGCCGGCGCUCCCCCUGGCUUGCAUAUGCUGUCCCAAAGCGGCAGCACCCAGGCAGAAGGCUGGCAGAUCCCAAGGCUCAAAGGAGCUGGGAAGAAGAGGAGGAGGAGGAAGAGAGAGAGGAAGACCUGAUGGCUGAGAAACGCCAGCAUCCGGGCAAGAGGGCCCUGGGAGGCCCCUGUGGGCCCCAGGGAGCCUGUGGUCAAGCGGGCCUCCUGCUGGGGCUCCUGGAUGACCUGAGUAGGAGCCAGGGAGCUGAGGAAAAGCGGCAGCACCCUGGUCGGCGGGCAGCCUGGGUCAGGGAGCCCCUGGAGGAGUGAACCCAGUUUUCCCUGAAGUCGAGUUUGUGGUCUAAGGAUGUCUUGAGCCCUGCGUGCCCCACCAUUCAUGACCUCUGCAUUCUCUAGUCAGAUCCCCGACCAUAAGCCUGAGCCCCUCCCUCCCAGCCCCAUAUUCACACACAUCCCAGCCCCUGGCCUUGCCCUCUUCCUUUAGGCAUGUGAGAAAAUCAGCCUAGAAGUUUAAACCCCACUUUCCUCCACUUAGCACCAUAGGCAAGGGGGCAGAUCCCAGAGCCCCUCUCACCCCCACCACCACAGGCCUGCUCCUUCCUUAGCCCUGGCUAAGAUGGUCCUUCUGUGUCUUGCAAAGGCUCCCCAAGUGGGACAGGGAGCCCCUGGGAGGACAGCCAGUGAGGGUGGGGUGGGACUGAAGCAUUGUGUGCAAAUCCAGCUUCCAUCCCCUCCCCAACCUGGCAGGAUUCUCCAUGUGUAAACUUCACUCCCAGGACCCAGGAUCUUCUCCUUUCUGGGCAUCCCUUUGUGGGUGGGCAGAGCCCUGACCCACAGCUGUGUUACUGCUUGGAGAAGCAUAUGUAGGGGCAUACCCUGUGGUGUUGUGCUGUGUCUGGCUGUGGGAUAAAUGUGUGUGGGAAUAUCGAAACAUCGCCUAGGAAUUGUGGUUUGUAUAUAACCCUCUAAGCCCCUAUCCCUUGUCGAUGACAGUCAUCCUAAUGAUAAUAAAACCUGCAUCCAGAUAAUCA